CUCUAAUGUAAAAUAGCUACCUUGAAUAAUUAGAUUGUAACUUAUAUAUUUCUUAACUAAUUUAUAGAAAUUUAAGAAUAAGCUAUUCAGAUGGCAUACUAAUAACCAUAAGAAGGUCAAUGGAUUAAAGAACAUGAUAAAAAUGAAUGCAUAAUUUAUUCUAAAUUAAAUCAAGUUGGAAUAAAAAUGACACGAACUGAACUCAAAUUGAAUGUAGAUCCAAAAAAAGCUAUUGAUCUUAUCUUUGAUAUGACAAAGAGAUCAUAAUUUGAUGAGAAUUUCUUAGAAGUAAUUUUAUCUAUUAUUUUGAGGGCAAAAUUGUAGAGAAAAUAGACGAAGAUAAUGUUAUUUAUUAUGGUGCUGGCAAAUCUCCAAUAUUCUUAGUUGAUCCAAGAGAUAUGGUUGUUCUAACAAGAAAAACUAUCAUCAAAGAUGGUACUCAUAUUGUUGUUUGUUAAAUCUUUCCAUUUAUUUUUAGCUAAAUCUGUUUAAUUAGAUUCUGUUCCUAAUAAGAAGAAUUAUACUCGUUGUGAAAUUAUUAUUUCAGCAUUUUUUAUUAAAGAAAUCACACCAGGAACUUGUCAAGUUAUUAUUAUUGCUAAUGUUGAUCCAAAAGGUAGUAUUCCAAAGAUGUUAAUUAAUUCUGGAGUAUCUAUGCAAGCUGAUGCUGUUAAAAAAUUGAUGGAAAAAAUGAGAUAAUAAACUUUAAAAGUUUGA